AAUUCUGAGACUCGGAUCCGGAGCAGGCUUAUCCAAGUAGCCAAACACGUCCCAUCAGUAGGCGUGGUCAUCAAAGGUGGGAAUUCGCAGAACAGAAACGAUCGAUCGAUCUCUAGACUGUGAGAGAGAGAGUGUGGAAGUGAGAAGCAAAGUCAGGGAAGAUGGGAGGAGGAAUGGAAGCCCACAAGAACAGGUUCAUAGAGGAUUGGGGUGCUGCUAGAGAGAAUCUCGAGCACAAUUUCCGAUGGACUCGCCGCAACUUGGCCCUCGUUGGCAUCUUCGGCAUCGCAAUUCCCGUCCUUGUCUACAAGGGCAUUGUCAGAGAAUUUCAUAUGCAAGACGAAGAUGCAGGCCGACCAUAUAGGAAGUUUCUGUGAGAAUUUGACAAAUCCUUUGUAAUAAUUGUGGGGCUUGCGAAGAUGAGAA